AUGUCGUUCCUGCCAGCCGUUCUGAUAUUCCAAGAUCGGCAUUUGCGUCGUUGUGCACCCACACCACGACGUCACCCGUUUGCAUUCCUGAACUACUUGCUCAAGGAUGUUCUGCCGUACGUUGUCGUAAGCGGACGUUUUGUGUGGUUAACGUGCCUAACGGCUAUAUUCGGUGUAUCGUGCUAUAUCACCGCAACGGGUUUACAUUUCCCUCAGUACAACCCUCUGCAACUGUUCGUCAGCUCGAAUGAACAUGAAUGGUACGAUAACAACGCAGAGCGACAGUUCGAGUUCGUGAAGAAUAAGAUUGGUUUGUAUAUUGGCGUACGAUUGAUGUGGGGCCUGUCCGAGGUGCACACAACGAGUGUAUUUCGAGUGGACACUCUCACGAACGUGGCCGCCGAUCCAGCGUUUCACUUGCAGACGAUUGAGGAUGUGCAACGGUUAGCGGACAAAUUGAGGCAAUUCAGGCAGUUGCAGUUUGUGCAGCAUGGGGAGAAGUUUUGGCCGGAACGUUUUUUGGAGUGGUCGAAGACGUUACAGUGCCGAAAUGCAACUGCGAAGCAGUCUGGAAAGGCUAAGGAUAAGGCUAGCAACAGGAACGAUAGCACAGGGAAUUUAGUGGUGAACGGCCUCGGAAUUGAACAGCUGCAUGGCGGGACUAGGAACGAGAAUAUUAGUGGUGUCACUGGUGAGAACGGUGUUGGCCGAGUUGCAGGGAAACUUGUUCAUCGCCGAAAAAGGGUUGCGGAUGAUAUGGAAGGCGAUCGGACAGGAGUAUGUUGCAACUAUUUGCAUGAGUCGUAUCGUGACACUGAGCUGGACUACUGUAUGCGACUGUCCACAGUACAUUUGUACACGCAAUACAACGACACGUUGGUGUUCGACAAUAAAACCUUCGAUCUGGUCGGUUACACGGCCGCACUGCCCACUAAUAUCGUAUUCUCGUAUAAAUUUUCAAAUCUUUCGAAAAUAUUCAAGCAGCUGGAAGACGCUUUUGGUGGAGAGCCGGGUUAG